CCCACAUCUGCAGCUGGAAUUGCAAUUUGAGGCGCUGCCUGGGCCGGGACAGGGAGUGGGAGGAAGCCGGAGCGCGGGGGGCUGCGCGGGGCCCCGACGGGGACAGAGCCGCGGGCAGGACGGGGACAGAGCCGCGGGCACCGCGGGGGCGGCCGGAGCCACCAGCCCGGGGGACACGGCCCGGGUGACAAAGCGAGGGGUCCCCAACCUGUGCCCCCCCCACAGCGGUGGGCAGCGAGGCCAUGGCGAUGCUCCUGGAGCCUGGGAUGCAGAGCCUGCGGAUGGGUGCCAACGGUGAGCGGUGCCCGACGCCGUCCCCGCCCGGCUCCCCGGGGACACCCCACGACAGCUGCAGCAUCGCCCCGCUGACGCCGUCCCAGUCACCGCGGAGCGAGGCGCGUUCCCAGCAGGCCCCGUCCUUCUCCGUGGUGGUGGCCAUCGACUUCGGCACCACGUCCAGCGGUUACGCCUUCAGCUUCACCAGCGACCCCGAGGCCAUCCACAUGAUGAGGAAAUGGGAGGGGGGGGACCCGGGCGUGGCCAACCAGAAGACCCCCACCAGCCUCCUGCUGACCCCGGAGGGGACAUUCCACAGCUUCGGCUACACCGCCCGCGAUUCCUACCACGACCUGGACCCCAAGGAGGCCCGCGAGUGGUUCUACUUCGAGAAGUUUAAGAUGAAGAUCCACAGCACCAGCGAUCUGACCAUGAAAACGGAGCUGGAAGCUGUCAACGGGAAGAAGAUGCCGGCGCUGGAGGUGUUCGCCCACGCUCUGCGCUUCUUCAAGCAGCACGCGGUGCAGGAGCUGAAGGACCAGUGCCCGUCCCUGCCUGAGAGCGAUGCCAUCCGCUGGGUCCUCACCGUGCCGGCCAUCUGGAAGCAGCCGGCCAAGCAGUUCAUGCGGGAAGCGGCCUACAAGGCCGGGCUGGUGUCCCCGGAGACGCCGGAGCAGCUGCUGAUCGCGCUGGAGCCCGAGGCCGCCUCCAUUUACUGCCGGAAGCUGCGGCUGCACCAACUGAUCGAGCUGAGCUGCCGCCCCCCGGCCAACGGGGCCGAGCCCCCCCACCCCAUCGACUCCAGCUUCCGGCAGGCCCGGGAGCAGCUCCGGCGAUCCCGGCACAGCCGCACCUUCCUGGUGGAGUCGGGAGUGGGCGAGCUCUGGUCGGAGAUGCAGGCAGGUGACAGGUACAUCGUGGCCGAUUGUGGCGGAGGGACGGUGGAUUUGACCGUGCACCAGAUCGAGAAGCCGCAGGGGACGCUGAAGGAGCUCUACAAAGCCUCGGGAGGUCCCUACGGGGCCGUGGGCGUGGACCUGGCCUUCGAGAAGCUUCUGUGCCGCAUCUUUGGGGACGAUUUCAUCGCCACCUUCAAGGCCAAGCGUCCGGCGGCCUGGGUGGACCUGACCAUCGCCUUCGAGGCGCGGAAGCGCGCGGCCGCCCCGAGCCGCUCCAGCCCCCUCAACAUCUCCCUGCCCUUCUCCUUCGUCGACUUCUACCGCAAACACCGCGGCCACAACGUGGAGACCGCGCUCCGCAAGAGCAAUGUCAACCUGGUGAAGUGGUCGUCCCAAGGGAUGCUGCGGAUGUCCCCCGAGGUCAUGAACGAGCUGUUCCAGCCAACCAUCACCCACAUCAUCCAGCACAUCGACGCCCUCCUGAAGAAACCCGAGGUCCACGGCAUCAAAUUCCUGUUCCUGGUGGGCGGCUUCGCCGAGUCGGCCAUGCUGCAGGGGGCGGUGCAGGCCGCCUUCGGCCGCUGCUGCCGGGUCAUCGUGCCGCAGGACGUGGGGCUGACCAUCCUCAAGGGGGCCGUGCUCUUCGGCCUGGACCCCGGCGUGGUGCGGGUGCGCCGCUCCCCGCUCACCUACGGCGUGGGCGUCCUCAACAAGUUCGUGGAGGGCAAGCACCCGCGGGAGAAGCUGCUGGUCAAGGAGGGCAAGAACUGGUGCACCGACAUCUUCGAGAAGUUCGUGGCCGUGGACCAGUCGGUGGCGUUGGGCGAGGUGGUCCAACGGAGCUACUGCCCGGCCCGGCCCGGCCAGCGCCGGACCAUCAUCAACAUCUACUGCUGUGACACCGAUGACGUGGUGUACAUCACCGACCCCGGCGUCAGGAAGUGCGGCACCAUCAGCCUGGAGCUGGGGGACGCGGGGGAGGCGGGCCAGGCGCGGGGCCGGCGCGAGAUCCGCACCAGCAUGCAGUUCGGGGACACCGAGAUCAAGGUGACGGCGCUGGACACACGCACGGCGCGCAGCGUGAGGGCCACCAUUGACUUCCUGUCCAACUGAGG